GCGUCGGACGUAAUUGUGUCUGCUUCCAGCAUCAAUUCGCAGUUUAAUGUUUUUCAUUUAGUGUCGCGUGUGUUGUGUCAAGUUUUACUUCUAACCCACGGAGCCAACACAGUUGUCAAAUAUAAUUCGCGGGGCGAUUUGGCGCAUCGUUGUGAGGUGGAUGGGCACGUUGACGGUUUGUCGCGUGCCUCGCGACGGUACGAAAUGCCGAGCGAGAUGGAUAAAAAAAAACAGCGCAAUUAAUACGUGCGUGUUCUCUCGGUAACGGGGAAAACCUCGAACUACAUAUAAUGACUCUCUUCGAGACGUUGACACGGCUGAAUUCGUUCGGAAACAGCCCCUAAAAUCGACUGCGGAGUGCACGCGACCGACCUGCAGCGAUGUAAAGCGUGCGUGUACAGAGAGUCGCUCUGUGGAAUUGUGCGGAUGUGCCCCGCCGCGUGUUAUGAGUCGAGUGCUGCUGCUGUUGUUGCUCGCCGCUGCAGGGAGGAAGGAAAGUUGCCGGAGGCAACCGCCGACUCGGUGCCAGUCCCCAGGAUGACCCGCGGCUUGCGAAUGAGGCGAGGCCUGCAGGUGCUUGGAUUAAUUCUCGCAACCGCGUACGCCACCGUUCUGUUGUACCAGGCGGUUGCCCCCCGACAGUGGCUGGAGGAUCACCCUGAGGCCGUUGUUGGGGUCCCGGGGAACCCGGAGGACCCGGAUAUCGGUGUCGAGGUCGCACCAGUAACGCCGCCGUUUGCGACAGCGACCGUCGCCCCUUCCGGGACCGACCUCACCGACGUCUUCAUCAGCGUCAAGACGACUCGACACUAUCAUUAUUCCCGGCUGCCAGCAAUACUCACUACGUGGUUCCAGCUUGCAAAAAAUCAGACCUGGUUCUUCACCGACAAGGACGACGCCGUCUUCCAAACGAAAACAAAUGGCCACAUGAUCAACACCAACUGUUCAUCGUCGCACAACAGGAAGGCUCUAUGCUGCAAAAUGUCCGUGGAGUUUGACAAGUUUUUGGAGAGCGGGAAGAAGUGGUUUUGUCACUUCGACGACGACAACUAUGUGAACGUACCGCGACUGGUCAAACUGUUGGACGAUUACGACCCGCGGGAGGAUUGGUACCUUGGCAAACCAUCGAUACGAGCGCCCCUCGAGAUAGUGAACAGAGAGGGAAAUCCACCGUCGAAAAAAUCGCUCAAGAUAAGGUUUUGGUUUGCUACAGGAGGCGCCGGAUUCUGCCUCAGCCGAGCCUUGGCGCUGAAGAUGAUGCCGGUGGCCAGCGGUGGAAAAUUCAUCAGUAUUGGCGACAAGAUCAGGCUGCCGGAUGACGUGACAAUGGGAUACAUAAUAGAGCACCUACUCAAAAAGCCCCUGACCGUUGUCGAGCAGUUUCACUCCCACUUGGAGCCAAUGAAAUUCCUUCACAAGGAGACGUUCCACGAUCAGAUAUCGUUCAGCUACUCGAAGAAUGCAAAGGAUGAGUGGAACGUCGUCAAGAUAGACGGAUUUGAUCUUAAAUACGAUCCAAAGAGAUUCAAAUCCAUCCAUUGUCAUCUCUUUCCAUAUGUCUCAUAUUGUCCCCGAAGAUGAUGAUCGUCGUCGAACGCGUGAGAACUUCGGGCAGACAGAAUCUUCUAAAACUAUGCGACGGGUGUAAAGAAAAGGGAAUCGUUAAUACAACCAACCCCCGAUAUCGUGUUACGGGUAACACGGUACCAAAGGUUUUUUUCAUUCUUUCCUUUUUACUAACGUAACGUCAAUUCAAAUUUGAAUGCACGUGUCGGCGAUGGAAUUAUCCAUACAUUUUGCGCUCAAUGGAAGUUUUUAUCUCUGCGUUGAUUGAACCUCAAUUAAAAUACGAAGAGUACUAAUUGUUCCAAUCGUCGCGAUUCUCCGUACUAUUUUCAUCAGCACCCGCAUCAUAUUGUACAUA